AUGGUGUGUCUGAAAGAAAAAACCGAAUUGCUUGAAGUUGCCCGCUCACUCAUAUUGGAUAUGUCUGCUGCCUAUUUUAUUAAUCGUACUCCUUGCCAGGUUCUUAAUUUCAAGACUCAGCAUGAUGUGUUUGGUAACCAUAUUUCCCCUAUCUCCGUCUCUAAGUUGCCCCUAAAGUUUUUGGGUGUAUUGCCUAUGUUCGUGUCUACUCUUAUCAACGGAGUAAACUCGAUCCUUGAGCUCUACGAUGUGUCUUUAUUGGUUACUCUUCUACUCAGAAGGAAUGAUGUGUUUGAAGAUACUGCUCUCGGGAAGGAAACGAUCAGUCGCACUGAAGCAAGGGAUCGGUCGCCCAUAUUUGGAGAUGAAACAUUGGUCUCUGUGAAAAACGACUGGUCACCCAUAUCUAGAGAUGAAGUAGGUGUUCUUGGUGUCGAAACGAUCGGUCACCAUUGA